GUUUCCCGAGAUGAGCAGUUCAGAGGAAGUGUCAUGGAUCUCCUGGUUCUGUGGACUGAGGGGAAACGAGUUUUUCUGUGAGGUCAGUAUCUUACAGCUCCCAGGGCAAUGUAGCCAAACUCAUUGACCAAAAAGUGAAUGUAAGCUAAGAUGGGUGGCCAAUCCUUUAUCCUGGGUGAGCAAGGUUUUUGCUUCAGCCCUAUACACCUGAUUCAGCUAACCAAGGACCUGAUGGGCAGGUGGUGAGUUGAGUAGGGCUCGAGCAAAAUCCUGUUAUUCACAGCCACCCCUCACUACACAAACUCACCUUCAAGCAUGAAUAUGUCUGAUAUUUGUUGCUAACUUCUGUCACCCCUUCUGUCCUCUCCUGCAUUGGCAGGUGGAUGAGGACUACAUCCAGGACAAGUUCAACCUGACUGGGCUCAAUGAGCAGGUUCCCCACUACCGCCAGGCCCUGGACAUGAUCUUGGACCUAGAACCAGGUCAGCCCAACUCCAGAACCAUCUCUACUGCACUCGGAAGUACAGAACAUCCCACACAAUUUAGAUCAGAAUACAAAUAUUAUGGUUGCAUCACCUCAGUGUUAAAGUUGUGUACGCACACUAAAUUGCCUCAGUGGUCACUAACCCUGAUGAGUUAUAGUGUGUGGCAGGCGUUUGUUCUAGCACAGCACUAAAACACCUGAUUCAAUAUUUUUGGGUUGCCGUAUUAGAUGCCGAUAUCUUUAGCAUGUGUAAAGAUGUCACAGUUAUGUACACAAAUAUGCUUUUGUGAGUAAUCUUUUAAUCAGAACAUAUGAGUGGCCUCUUCCCUGCUCUUAUAAUCUCUUCCCUCCUCUCUCUGUUCCACAGAUGAGGAGCUGGAGGACAACCCCAACCAGAGUGACCUCAUAGAGCAGGCAGCAGAGAUGCUCUACGGGCUGAUCCACGCACGAUACAUCCUCACCAACAGGGGCAUCGCUCAGAUGGUACAGCAACUACCCUUCUCUGUUUCCAAUGUUUGUUGAAAGGCUGCAUAUCACAUGUAUGCAGCAUGUCGAUUGUAUGCAGCAUUUCUACAGAAAUGUUUUUCAUGUUCUCCAUUGAUCUCAAUCUCUCUUUCUCAGUUGGAGAAGUAUCAACAGGGGGACUUUGGCUACUGCCCCCGCGUCUAUUGUGAGAACCAGCCCAUGCUACCCAUUGGUGAGUGUGUGUCUGUGUCUUGUUUCAACCAUAAUAAUUGACUGUAUAAGACUUGAGGGUUGUUUUGGGUAUCCAGCCACAUUGCUUUCCUAACCCAAACUAUGCAACUCAGAUCCUCCGUGUACAGUACUGUAUCGCAGAAUCCUCUGUAAUUUUAUUAUAUUUUUUAUAGAAGAUUUGAAUGUAUUACGAUCCAUGUCAGAUCUCGUUUCCAAGAGACGCCUGGAUGAAUACAGUAGUGUGUCCUCGAGCAUUUCAUAAUAACUUCAGACCAGUAACGUGUCUAAACUCUCCCCCUCUCUGUCCCCCUAUCCCUCCCUAGGUCUGUCAGAUAUCCCAGGCGAGGCUAUGGUGAAGCUGUACUGCCCUAAGUGUAUGGACGUGUACACGCCCAAGUCCUCCCGGCACCAUCACACGGACGGGGCCUACUUUGGCACUGGAUUCCCCCACAUGCUCUUCAUGGUGCACCCCGAGUACAGGCCCAAGAGGCCCGCCAACCAGUUUGUGCCGAGGUCAGUACCACUGUGUUACCCUAAAAUAGGGUUGUGCGUUUGUCAUUCCCACGUAACUCACUGAAAGCAAGUCCUAGAUCAAUUUCUACUCAUAGCAGAUCAUUUCCUAAAAAAUUUCAGGUACAUACCAGAGGAAACGGUCAUGUAAAAAUAAGUGCUACCAUAAUAGAAUCUCUUCAUAGACCCCUAUCACGCACUCAUCAAGAUCUAAUGAAUUCUCAUGUCCUCACAACAGGCUUUAUGGAUUCAAGAUCCACCCCAUGGCCUACCAGCUUCAGCUGCAAGCAGCCUCCAGCUUCAAGAGCCCUGUCAAAGCCAUCCGCUAAAGCCCAGAGAGAGAAAGAGGGGAAGAAAGGGAGAGAAGAGGAUGAUUAUGAGAGGACGGGUCAUCUACACAAAGCUCCAUACAGAUGCCUCCUCCCCGUCCUGCAGACUUUAUUAUUUGGUUUAGGUUAGGACGAUUGAGAACAAUGUGUAAAAAAUUAAGUGUGAGCGAGACAAAAACACACCGCUUCGAUCCCAAACCCUCACACACACACACACACACACACACCUACACCUACACAUGUACACAUACACUUAGGAUUUCAUGCAUCUAUGUUACCAAACUCACCAGUGCCAAAACAGAAAAGGGGGAGGGGAAGAAAGUCCAUGGAUGUUAUUGGAUUUGACUCUACUAUUUCCUUUUGUGAUAUUAGCCCAUUUUGCCCCUAUGAACUCUCAACGUUCUGUUGUUUUCUGUCCUGUCUUUGGCACAGUUUGGUAAAGGGUCGUGGUAGACCAUCACCACUGGUUGAAUAACAAUCCCUGCUCUACCCCCAUAUGUAUGUACACUGGCUGGCUCUCACAGAUACUGCUUGGUUGAUGAUAAGGACUAAAUCUGUCACUAAGGGUGUUGCCAUUUCACCUGCUUCUGUAAACCAUUGUUUUACCAAGGCACUCACUCAGGCUUGUAUCAGUCUUUUAUUGAGUGACACUUACUUAAGCCACUGUGUCAAGGCGGUCAUUCACAAUAGUGUUCUGUCAAAUUUCUCUUAAACUAAGAAACGCACAGGCGCUGUGAUUUGUGGUUUACAGGAAGUGCACGUCUAGGACAUAUUAGAGCUUUGAAUUUGUACAUGUACGACGUAGGAUAGACAAGAAUAAACCUGAAAUGAAUUAAAUGUUCUAGAAUGGCCCAGAAAAGACAUAACAACACACCUGCUGUCUCUGUGUGUCACCCAAAAUAACAGUCCUGUUUGUGCUGGUACAGCACGGUGAGAAUGUCGGCUCUGUCACUGUCACGUGUUGCUGGGCUAGUAUCACUGCAACAGGACACAUCUCUCUCCACAACUGUACUGACUUGACUGGUGUCCCUCCACACAUUAUAGUAUAAUUAUUUAUGUAAAAUAUAGCGACAGAAAAUCAGCUUCUAUUUGGGGAUGUUUUUUAUUUGUGAUGCAGUAGGGGUUUCAUCACCCUACUGCACAUGUACUUUUGAGUCCUUGUGGCAAAAAGUAGAAUGCUUGAUAUAUGUUUUGAUUUCAGAACAAUAAGGAUGGAUUUGUCAAGAUUAUAAUUAAUGUAUGUCUGUGUGUUUUUUUGCAACCGUGGAAGAGUGACCAGGAUUCAGAAUUCUCAAUAAACAUUCUCUUUUUAUACAA